AUGAGGAACAAACUGUGGCUCCAGAGUAUUUCCUUUUUCCUUUUAUUCCAGUACACUACGUGUUGUGAAAACCUCACUUGCUUUGUGGACUAUGUACAGACCCUGUCCUGUAUCCUGAGAAAUGACUUGGGUGCCAGUUCAUAUAACCUCACUGCAACAUGGGUUCCUGAGGAAGAUCCAGGAAAUACUGUGGCUGCCUGCAGUCUCCUGCACCUGUCCGGGAACACUAGUCACACACAGUACACGUGCACUGUGGACAUGACUGAACUCCUGGCAGAUAUCAAAGUCUGGGUGAAUGUUACAGAGAUAGCUGAUAGGCGGCAUGUGAUUUCCAAAGGCUUUUAUAUGGCAGAGAACAUUAAACCACAGCCACCGUUCAAUCUGACUGCUGUGUUCUCAGAGAGUUACAAUAUUUCUUGGGAAACCAUCUACCAGAACUCUCCUUUCUAUUUCUUGAAUGAGGAGCUGGAAUAUCAGCUGCGUUAUAAAAGAAGGACCGACACCUGGGAGACUCAGAGGACUAAAGCUGUCCAUGAAGAUAAACGGACACUGGUGAUCCUGCCAUGGGAACUCCAGGUGAACACUGAGUAUGAGUUCCAAGUGAGAGCCAGACCCCGAGAAGAUACUGGCUACCAUGGAUUUUGGAGUGAAUGGAGUCCUCUGCUGACAUUGAAAACCAGCCCUGCCGCAGUGACACAGACCACAGGCAUGGGAUGGCUGCUGCUGUUUGGUGUUGCCGUGGCAAUUGCUGCCUCAAUCGCAACUUUUCUGGCCAAACAGCGGAGCUUGUGGAAGAAGAUGGCUUGCAUCCCAGACCCUGCUCCCUUUUUCAAACCUCUUUACCUGGUGCAUAAUGGAGAUUUCAAGAAGUGGGUUGGUGUAUCCCAUACGAAAAUGACCCUCGAUUUCUUUGAAUGGGGAAUGGUCCUUCCAGAAGUUCUAGAAGUUUACACCAUGCGUCCUUCCAACAGCACCUCACGAGAGGAGCUGCAUGAGCUGAGAAAAGAUCUGCCUUGCAAACCUUGUGUGUCUUGCCUGACUGCCCCAGGUCAGGAUAGCCAGUCCCUGCUGUCUCGUGCAAACAGUAGCAGUGGGACUCGGGACCGGUCAUACGGGCAUUUGUCCAUUGACACUGUGACUGUGACUGAUGAAUUUACACCUUGUAACUGCCAGUACAACUGUAACCGUGUGUACAGGGGACAUGAGCACACCAAUGAGGAAGACAGUAGUGCUGGAGAAACUGGUUACCCCAGGGUUAACGUUGAUGAUGAAGAAGACAGAAAGAUAUCCAAUGACUUGCAUCUGGCUGACCUGAGCACGCAGGACAAAAUACUUGCUUCAGGCUCUGUGUCCACAGAUCACCUGAGGAGUACAAGUGUCCCAGCCCACCAGCAAGUAGAAAGGGCUUUGGAAGGAGGGAUGGGGAGCAUCCUAGAAGCCCUUUGCUUGCAGCCUAAUCAGUGGGAUUUUGAAAAUCCAGCUUCUCUACCUUUUCCUGAUGGUGAAAGUGUUUCCUACAGUGAAGGCUCCUAUGACUUCUUCCCUCACAUUGCAAGGCCUGGUGACAGUUACCCUAUGAUCUGCGUAGACUUGGACACUAUUGACAGUGGCUUUGUGGACUCGGACUGUGGGAGUCCGGUUGACUGUGAAUUUGAGCAAAACAGUCAGACCAACUGUGGGUCCAUCCCUCUUGAGCGGGAAGGAGAGGACUUUCCACGAAGCUACGUCAAGCAGUGGGUCUCCUGUCGCUCUGACAGCCCUGUUAAUGGGACACAGACAAACUAAGGACUUGAUGUUGUCUUGCAGAGUGUAGGGCCUUUUCCAUGCUGUGCCAGGAGCAAAAUGUUAGCAAAAUUCAGAAGA